AUGCUUAGUCGGUCUCCUCGUGAGGCUUUGCUGUCUCCGAAUUCGUAUGUGCCUAACCUAGGGGAGUUGGCGAGACUUUCAUCUUCUCUCUCUAGGCCAAAUCGGUCUCAUGCCCCGACGACAAGGACUCAUCUACAAUCCAAGUCAGAAACUGUCAAUUUUGGAAUCAAUGGAGGCCUUGAGGGCGACUUAGAACCUCACCGGCAGCCUGAUACUGGUCACCAAGUGACGGUAAGACGGCCACGUAGGCACUUGAGACUGCCACAUUCAAGCACGUUGGCCAAAGCAACUGAUCUACCGAACGAGCGGUCUCGCGGUCCCCUGGAAGCUCAAGCGUCUUAUGUGGAAGACGUGGACGGCUUUUUGCCCGUGCUCAGCCGAUUAGAGGUGCUGGACUUGUCUCGGAAUCAGAUACGUAGAGUGGAUCAAGUGAGUCAGUUGUCACGUUGUUAUGACCUGUUGAGCAAAUAG